CAUCAUGGGCAUGUAGUCCAGCCUCUCCCUGCAAUUAAAAUCCACUACACUUUCCCCAAAACUCCAUCUCUCUCUGCCCUUUCUUUCAUCUACCACCCCCAUGCAUCUCCUUGCCGUUGGAUUGUUCAUUCCUGUCAUCUUGAUACUAAAAUUAAUACACAAAAUCAUCUGGGUGCCAUGGAGGAUCCAACGCCACUUCAACAAACAAGGCGUAAGUGGCCCCGCCUACAGUCCCAUAUUCGGGAACACAGCUGAGAUCCACCGUAUGUACGCGGAGGUGAAGUCAAAAUCCAUUUCUUUUGGGCAUGACAUACUUCAUCGUGUAGCUCCACAUUACCACCGGUGGUCAUCUGAUUAUGGGAAGACUUUCGUGUGGUGGUUCGGGCCAAUUCCCAGGUUGGGUAUAGCGGACCCGGAGUUGAUUAAGGAGGUUCUUAUGAAUACAAGUGGCUGCUAUGGCAAGAUUGGGUUGAACCCUUUGUCUAAGCUGCUGUUUGGAGAUGGACUCGUUGUGUUGGAGGGUGAGAAGUGGGCUCUUCACAGAAGAAUCAGUAACCAGGUCUUCAACAUGGAGAGGGUUAAGGGGUGGAUUUCAGAAAUUGUGGCUAGUGUUACAAAGAUGAUGGAGAAGUGGGAGGAAGAAAGAGGAGGGAGGGAGGAGUUGGAGAUUGAUGCGCACAAAGAACUGCACAACCUCACAGCAGAUAUCAUAUCAAGAACUGCUUUUGGAAGCAGCUUUGAAGAGGGGAAGCGCAUUUUUGAAUUACAAGAACAGCAGAUGCACCUUGUCUCCCAGGCUAUAAGAAGUGUUUAUAUUCCCGGCUUCAGAUUUUUGCCCACUAAGAAGAACAGAGAAAGGUGGAGACUUGAGGAGGAAACUCGAAAGUCAAUUCGGAUGUUAAUUGAGACUAAUAGCAAAGCAAAGGAAAAUUCAGAAAAUUUAAUUAGUCUAUUAAUGUCUGCCAACAAGAAUCAGCAGGGAGGAGAAGAGAUGUUUGGAGUGGAGGAUGUUAUAGGCGAAUGCAAGACAUUCUACUUUGCAGGAAAGGAAACGACUGCUAAUCUUUUGACUUGGGCUCUUCUUCUUCUAGCUUUUCAUCAAGAAUGGCAAGACAAAGCACGGGAAGAAGUGGUUCGCAUCUAUGGACACAAUGCGCCUUCUGCAGCAGAGAAUUUAAACGACCUUAAAAUUGUAAGCAUGAUACUCAAUGAAACACUUCGACUCUACCCCCCUGUUGUGGCGAUGACAAGGAAAGUAUCCAGAAAUGUCAAGCUAGGGAGUCUAGAUAUUCCUGCAAACACCCAACUGUACUUGGCCAUGACUGCUGUUCAUCACGACCCUAAAAUAUGGGGUGAAGAUGCUAAUGAUUUCAAUCCACUGAGAUUUAAGGAGCCUCGGAAGCAUCUAGCCUCGUUUUUCCCCUUUGGGUUGGGCCCCAGGAUCUGUGUAGGUCAAACUCUUGCAGUGGUUGAGGCAAAAAUUGCCCUCUCUAUGAUCAUCCAACAUUAUUCUUUUGAGUUAUCAUCAACAUAUGUUCAUGCCCCAAUGCAGUUUAUCACCCUGCAGCCUCAGUAUGGUGCUCACAUUCUCUUUAGAAGGAUUUUAAGCUGAAAAUUUUCCUGGUGUUUGGAGUUUCUGUGAUAAAGAUGAGCCAGAGUAUCUAAUAUGGUAGUGUAAACUAAUUUGGUAUAUGAUAUUGUGGGAUUAUGUAAUAGUAUGUAUUAAUUGAAAUAAACUUGUUAUGUAUUCAGCU